AUGCAGUUUGCUGGGGCCCAUGGCGGACUGGGAAGGCCCGAGCCGGGAAAAGGCGCUUUCUUCAGGCCGGCCCGGGCUUUCCCUGAAGGAAUCGCCUCCCGUGUCCCCGGCCGCUUCUCGGUGUUCUGCCCCUGUUUCCGGCCGCGCAGCUCAUUGCCAGGACGACGGCGCAAGGGUGGUCGGGAAGCCGUUAAAGGGGAGCGGGUGUUGCCGACGGGAGCCGAGAAGGGCCGAACCUCAGGCGGCGGGAGGUUCUCGAGGUGGGCGGGGCCGAUCGCGCUCAUGCGCAGAGUGCUCCACUGGCUCCUCUACCGACUCCUCCGCGGCAGGGGCGGGGCGAGGAAGCUCCCGGAAGAGGCUGUUGCCCCGCCCCCCACGUGGUUGCCCCGGCCCGGCCCAGCCCGGCCCCAGAUCGUCCCAGGUUCUCCGCCGAGCCCUCGAGCCCGGAGCAUGGCUCCCUACGAGGAAGUGCGCGUGUCCGGCUUCGGCGACUUCAGCCGAGCGGUGGAGGAGCACGGGGGCAAGACCAUCUUCGCCUACUUCACGGGCUCCAAGGAUGCCGACGGCCGCAGCUGGUGCCCGGACUGCGUGGAGGCCGAGCCGGUGGUCCUGGAGGCCCUCAAGCACAUCGGGGACGACGCUGUGUUCAUCUACUGCCAGGUCGGGGAGCGGCCCUACUGGAAAGAUCCCAACAAUGAGUUCAAGCAGAAGCUGAACCUGACCGCAGUGCCCACCCUGCUCAAGUACGGGACGCCUCAGAAACUGGUGGAGGGCGAAUGUCUGAAAGCCAGCCUGGUGGAGAUGCUGUUCACUGAGGACUGAAGCCGUCCCAGCAGCCUAAAGGAACCUCCUGACUGAUCGCUUUGUAGUAAUGCUAACAAAAAUAAUGUUUGGAAAGUUCUGCAGA